CCCGCACAGCAACAAUCUGACAGAUAAAAUACCUGUCCCUGUCAAAUCCCACAUGUCCGUAGAACCAUUCCACAAGAUCAUAUGGAACCAACCAGCCUAAAGAUAGACCCAUUCCAAAAUCUAUCUCUCUACAAUAGUCACAGCAACCGGCACGCAAAGACCACAACAUGGACGUAUCCCCUUGCUAUAUCAUCUAGACCUACCCAAAUGUACGAUCGACAUACCAAGGUCACCAGAGAUACCAGAUACCUGAUGCUGCGACUGUGACGUGACCUUGGUAUUCUGCAGGAGAGAGAGAGAGAAGUGGG